AUGCCGCAAAAAUCAAAGAGUGGCCCACCACAAGGAGGAUUGACGUUUGCUACAAAUAGCCUCAAUUUAUGGAGCAAGCGUUUAAUAGUUGGGAGAAUUACAGUAAUAGCAACAUCCUAUAGUCCUAGAGCGGCAAAUCCGGCAUGCUCUUCCCACGUGGUAAGACAAGGCCAUGUAACUUUUGACCACGACCGUAUCCUCGGCGCUGAGGAGUUAUAUUGGAACAGGAAUAAGCCACCCCAACAACUUGAAGGGGAUAUGUAUAGAAACAGCUUUAACUUGUGCGCUUGA